AUGCUGUCGUUGCCGCUGCGGCGGGCGGCGUUGUCCUCUUGUAGGACGGCUUCUGCCGCCGGCUCCAAGUCGCGCAUCGCCACGGGUUCAGCUGCAUUUUCAGCGCCUCUACAGGUUGAUAGUUCGAAAACUUGGAUCGUAGGAAAAACCUGUGGCUCAAAGAGAAGUGAAAUUACCAAAGGAGAUUUUAAUUUUUCGGGGGUUCCUCAAAGCGGCCAGAACAUAUUUACUGUUCGAGAAAAAAUCCCUGCUGAAUUUUCGAGUUUCCAAAUUCUUUUGCUAUGAAUAAAAAAACUUCUCUUCCUUCAAAAACAUAAUUUGAAUAGAUUUUAAUGGCUUGAUUGAGAAAAUCAAUAUCCGGUUAUGGAUUCUUGAACUGAAUCCUUUGACAUGUGAAGAUUCGUUCUCACUUAUCUCACGAAGCAAUUUUUCUGCAUAUUUGUUGAAAACCUCAAAUUUUUGAUCUUUAAACCCGAAUUUAUCGUAUUAUACUCAUGGACUAUAAUGACUCAUACGGCCACUGUUUAGAAAAAAAUUUUUCUUGGCUUUCAUAAAGAAUACAGAAGUUAGUAGUCUUUUCAUGUAUAUAUCAGUAUUCUGAAAAUGAUAAAGAUUCUUCCGACUAUUGUUCCAAUUUCAUUUUAGGUACGAAAUAUAUCGGCAGGUGACAUUUUCCGGUCAACAGAUGUACCGGUUCGUUGAGAAUCUCUCAUCUUGUCCACUUGAAAAUUUCUGUUUCUCAGCUAUCGGCAGACAUUCCACCGCUGCCAGUUCCACCAUUACCAGGCCGAACCAUUGAAGAUAUGGUUUCGGUAAGUUUUUCUUCUACAAUGGGUUUCGAAAAUUAGGAACUCCAUUAUUUACAAACCUUUUGGAAAAGCUCUCAAAUUCUUUUUGCUUCCUAUUUCUCAUUUAAUUCAUUCAACCCGUUCAAAUAAUAUUUUAUAAAAGUCUCUAGAGCCUCCAAAAAAAUGAGAAUCUUCUCAAGUUUAAUUUCAUGUUCAAUUGGCUAUUAAAAAGAGUAAAUUUUGAUUUCAAAACAUCGUAUUGCAUUUCGUGACGUUUUCGUUUUUAUCAAAAGGGAUACCUAUCUCUAGAAUUGGUGUCAAAUUGGUGGGAAAAUGCUAUAUUUCGGUCGUUUUUAGGGUGUAUAUACGGGAGCGUUUUCUAUUUCCGCGUUUUUCUCAUUUUGAUUUUUAUUGAAACUUAUUAUAAAGAAAGGAAGCGGUAAGCAUCAAAUAUCCAUUAUAAUUUUUUAAAAAGCAAAGAAGCGAUUUGAUAAAACGCGCCCAGGUUCUAGCACUUUUUUUUUGAAGCGUCCGCGGCAAACACUAGUUAUGGCAAAGUUUUUGGUUUCAGGCUGGCGAAUCAGUUCUUGAUGAGCUGGGACUGAUCUCCUGGUGGAAGCCGUCGAGUUAUUUCCGAAUGGCUCUCGAGGGAAUCCAUACUUAUUGCGACCUUCCUUGGUGGGCCACUAUUGUCACAGGUGAAUAUUCAACCUUGGAAAGAACGAGAAAAAAUUCUUUAGACUAAAAUUAGAAUAUGUGGUUUGUUGCUUUUGAAAUAACUACUCGAAAGACGUUUUUGAAAAACUUAAAGUUUUUUUUUCUAUCAUCACUUUCAAAUUUUUAGUCCAGUUUCAUUUUCUCUUUUCGUUAGUGGCUGAUUGUAUUCUACUGAGAUCCCUACCUUCGAAAUAUUUUUUUCUCAAAGUUAAGUAUCUUUUUGCCAAUGUAAGCGCUUUCGAAGUACGACAGCUUUUUUUCAUUUUCCAAAACUUUCGUUCUUGGCUUGGAAGAAAAUAAAAUAAACUGUUUUUAUAGGCUCACAGGUAAAACAAAAAGAAAAGAAAAAAAAUUAUGGAUUUUCAAAAAACCCAUUAAAAAAAGGGAAUUUCCCGCAACUCAAAACUUGAAAGAAAAAAUAAUAAUUUCUCAGAGAAUCUAAUCUGCUUCGUUGUAGUCGACAUUCAAUUUCUGACAGAAGUGAUCACUGAGAAACUCUAAGUUUUGAAAACUUGAUUUCUGCUCACUAGGAAACUUUUUUAGCCCCCCGCUGAAUUUUCAAUGAAGCUUUGCUGAAGUGUACUUUAGGAGCUCUUGAUUUCAGAACAAGGAACAAACUUCUCAAAAAAAAAUCUGCGAUUCGAGUUAGAACGCUUCAAACGCUUGGAAAAGAACUUUUUUGUCAUUAUUUGCGUAUUUUGCAAAGUUUGAAGAUCAAAAUUGAGGACAAGAUCUAUUGUGAGUAUUUUUUUUCUUUUCUGGAUUCAGGAGGUCCUAACGUACACUUCAGAAAAGCUUCAACAAAAGUUGAACUAGGGCCUAAAAACGUUCCUUCACAAAAAAGUUUUUUAGCAUUUUCCAAACGGGAAUGACAUCUCUAGAGAGCUGCUUGCAAGAAAAAGUUGCAGCGACGGUGGCUCUCCGACUGCUGCUCAUCGGGGUGCCGGUGAUGUCUCAGAAGCUGGUGGCGAAGCAGAGCAGAUACCGCAAGGAGCUGAACGAGUUCAAGAACAGGAUCGAAGACGCGCGCAAAGAAGGCAACAACCUCCUCCAGCAGCAGAUUUUCCUCGAACAGCGCGACUUUCUCAAGUCGAAAGACAUCAGAAUGGGCCGCCAACUUGGCGUCCUUCUGGCCAACGGCACCGUCUUCGCCACGCAAUUCUUCGCCAUCAAGAAAAUGGUCGAAGUUGGUUUUAAAAUGGUAGAUGAGCACGAGAUCCGUCCUUCUUGAGGUCAACUACCCUGGGUUGUCCACUGGAGGAACGGCUUGGUUCACCGAUUUGACCGUCUCCGAUCCCUAUUAUGCACUGCCGCUGAUCUCCGCUCUCACCAUGGCUGCCGUCACCAAAGUUUCCAACUUGAAGAAAAUUAUUGACUUUUUCGGUUAAAAACGAACGUUAGCUAGAGAUUUCACGUGUUCCACGGGAAGAAUUCACAAAGUAGGUGAUUUCGCUUUGCAUUUCUUGCUGCAAAUUGGCUAGUUUUGCGGUGCUGAAAAAUUGUGAAAGAUUAACUCUGUGAAAUUCACGAGAUUUUAAUAGAGAAGCUUGAGAUCCACAGGUUUCGAUGGCUUCAAGAUGUCUCUUUCCAGCAAAAUCCUGACCGCAAAGUGAAAUGACUUUCCUUUGCUAUAGAGAACUUAAGGAGGAACACAUGAUUGUGCUUCCGUCCAUAAGUGGAAUGAGACCUCAAGUAAAAGUCGAGGAACUCAGGUGGGAAUCGAAAUGGGCACGUCUUCGGACCAGAUGCCCCCGACGAUGCGCGUCUUCAUGCAGUACGGCCUGCCUGUCAUCAUUUUCGGCGUUUCCUCUCAAUUUUCCUCGGUUUUCCCGUUUCUACUCACUCUCCCGUUUAAUAUUCAUUUUCCAGGCCCUCUGUGUAUAUUGGUGUACUUCAAACGCCAUGUCUUUGAUCUAUUCAGCUGCAUUUAAAGCACAGCCAAUCAGAAAUGUUCCUCUUAUUUCCAUUGAAAAUUCACAAUGGAAGUUUUCAGGUGUUUGGCAUCCCUCCAGUAGUGCCAGCGCCGCCGACUGCCGGCAAAAAAUCGGCUUUCAGUGAAGCUUUGCAGAAUUAUAGAGGUUUGUGGGAGAGACAAGUCUGAAAUUCUUGAUAAAAGGAAUAUUAGGCUAGCUAGUUUUCAAAAGCUGGCCUGUGGAACCUCGCUUUUCUGCACUUUUUGCGAGAAACUUUAAAAUUUCCGUCGUUUAGAAAUAGGAAAUCGGGCACAUUUUUGAAUCUUAAAAAAACUUUGAUUCACUUCCAGAAAAUCCCAGAGUUCAGAGCAAAACCUUCUUACUAGAAAAAUGAAUAGAAGUUCAGAAGGGAAAGCGGCGCCGCCGUCGCUGGCAGACCUGCGACAAAAAGACGCGACGUCGUUCAAAAAAGCCGGUCGCGGCAAACCCAUCACUUAA